AUGUCACCUUCUCGCACCACGUUGAAGCCCCUCAAGCCCUUGGUGCUCAUCUGCAGCACGCCGGUCUCGGGCCACAUCAUACCGAUGCUGACGAUAGCGGAGCAGCUCGUCUCGCGGAGCUACGACGUCUGCUUCGUGACCGGCUCGGGCUACCGUCCACGCGUAGAGGCCGCCGGCGCGUCGUUCGUCUCGGUCGAAGGAUACGGCGACUUUUAUGACCUGACUUCGUGGGAUCUGGACCCGUCCUGGCCCGAGGGCAAGAAGCACUUGGAAGGCACGGAUUGCUUCAUCCACGACCUGCACCACGCCCUCCAAACCGCCCUGGGAACGCUCGCCUCAAAGCACCCGGGACGGCCCACCAUCCUCCUCACAGAGAGCCUCAACUUCGCAGCCAUGCCCAUCCUCCACGGCGCCCCGGGCCUCCGUCCCACGGGAUACAUAGUCAUCGGCCUCAACCCCAUGAUGCUCUCCAGCAUCGACCACCCGCCCUUCGGUUCCGGCUUGCCCCCGGAUGCCUCCCCGGCCGGCCGAGCUCAGCACGCCGCCGCCAACGCAGCUCAAAGGGAAACCUUCGCCGCAGCCCAGUCCUCCUACGCGGAGGCCCUCGCGAAGCUGGGCGCGGCGCGGGAACCGGAAACCUUCCUCCUCGACGCCCUCUACCACCUCCCAGACCGCUUCGUGCAAAUGUGCGUACCCAGCGUCGAGUACCCCCGUUCCGACGCGCCCCCGGGCCUCCGCUUCUCCGGCGGCUACCCCAACGGUCCCAAGGACCCCUUCCACCCGCGCCCGGCCUGGUGGCCCGAGGUCGUCGCCGCGAAGGCUGCCGCCCGCAAGCUCGUCUUCGUCUGCCAGGGCACCGUGGCAAUGGACCUCACGCAGCUUGUCGUCCCCACGAUGGCCGCCCUCGCGGGCCGCGAGGACGUCCUCGUCGUGGUCGCCGUGGGGCGCAAGGGCGCGAGCCUGCCGCCUGGCCUGGAGGUGCCGCCCAACUGCAGGGUGACGGAUUACGUGCCGUACGACGAGGUGCUCCCCCACUGCGGCGUCUUCGUCACGACGGGCGGGUACGGGGCGUUCCAGCGGGCGGUUCGGAACGGGACGCCGCUGGUGGUGGCCGCCGCGACGGAGGAGAAGCCGGAGACGGCGGCGAGGGCGGCGUGGGCCGGGGUCGGGGUGGACCUGAGGACGGGGGAUCCGUCGGUCGAGCAGCUCCGGCGAGCCGUGGGGGAGGUGCUCGAGGAUGGGAGGUACAAGGCCAGGGCGGCGGAACUGCAGAGGGAGGGGGCCGGGUUUGACCCCAUGGACGUGGUUCCAGCAGAUAUUCAAAACAUCCCCCCGCGAUGCGUUCUCACUCGCAUCUCUCCGUCGUGGCAUCGAGUGAGAGGUGUUGUCGAGAUGAGCACAACCGGCAUGCUGGACCUCUCGCGAGGGACCGUUGGUCUCUGCGUCCUCGUCGUGCUCGCCGCCUCCAUGCUCUCGAGGUUCUUCCUCGCGAGCUGCCGGCCCAGAAACUUCCCGCCAGGCCCUCGGACAGUCCCCUUCCUGGGAAACAUCACCCAAAUACCGAAAUCAAAGGGCUUCCUAAAAUUCCACGACCUCGGGGCCACCUUCGGCUCCAUCAUCGGCCUCAAACUAGGCUCCCAAAACUUCGUAAUCCUAAACAACUACAAACACGUACGAGAACUCUUUGACAAGCGCGGCUCAAUCUACUCCUCCCGCCCCCGCACCUACGUCGCAAACACCCUCGUCUGCCCGGGCGACAUCCACCUCCUCCUCCUCCCCUACGGCCCCGCCUGGCGCGUCCAGCGCCGCGUAGUUCAGUCCCUCCUCGCCGUCAACCGCGUCGACGCCGUCCUCCCCGUCCAGGACGCCGAGGCCACGCAGACCCUCUCCGACCUCCUCCGCGACCCGGCGGGCUACUACGACCACGUGCGGCGAUACACCACCGCCGUCGUCCUCGCCGCCGUGUACGGCGUGCGCGGCGCCCGCUUCGACUCGCCCAACGUGCGCGCGCUGUACGCCGCGCAGGACGAGUUCACCGCCGUGCUGGAGCAGGGGGCCACGCCGCCGGUGGACGCGUUCCCCUUCUUGAAGAUGGUGCCCGCGGCGCUGGCGGGGUGGAAGAGACGGGCCGCGAGGGUGAGGAGGGAGCAGAUGGGGUUGUAUCUCUCGCUGGUGGCGGGGACGAGGGAGAGGAUCCGGGAGGGGAGGAGCCCGGAUUGCUUUUUGGGGGAGAUGCUGAGGGAUCAGGAGAAGAAUGGGUUGGAUGACGAGCAUUUGGCGUACCUGGCCGGGAACCUGAUGGAAGCCGGCUCGGAUACCACGGCUUCGACGUUACUAUCCUUCCUCCUCGCGAUGAUCAAGUACCCGAAGGAGUUCCGUAAAGCACAGGAAGAAGUCGAUCGGGUCUGCGGCCCCCUGCGGUCCCCGACGUCAGAAGACAUCGGCCGUUUACCCUUCAUCGAGGCGUGUAUGAACGAGAACCUCCAGACCCUCCGCUGGCGCCCCGUAGCAGCCGGCGGCGUCCCGCACAUGCUCACGCAGGACGACACGUACCAGGGCUACCACCUGCCCAAGGGCACCGUCCUGGUCGCCAACACGUGGGCGAUCCACUACGACGAGGACGAGUACGAGAACCCGGCCGAGUUCGCGCCGGACCGCUUCGUGAGGGAGAAGUACGGGACGCGCGACCCCGUCGACGAGAGCGCCGACGACCACCGGCGCGUGCUGUAUGGGUUCGGCGCGGGCAGGCGGGUGUGUCCGGGGCAGCGGCUGGCGAGGAACUCGCUGAUAUUGAACAUGGCCAAGAUCGCGUGGGGGUUCGAUCUCUCGCCCGGGGAGGGGGAGGUGGACGUCGACGUCGGCACGGCGUACACGGACGGGUUCCUGAUCGCGCCCAAGAAGUUUCCGAUCACGAUCCGGCCGAGGUCCGAGAGGCAUGCUGCGGUGAUUGAGGAGGAGCAGAGGAGGGCUGAGCCUUUCUUCGCAAAGUACGCGGCAUGA